AUGGAACCAAGGAACCACACAUGGGUUGUGGAAUUCCUUCUCCUGGGACUUUCAGAAGACCCAGGAUUGCAGCCUCUCAUCUUCAUGCUAUUCCUUUCCAUGUACCUGGUCACUGUCAGUGGGAACCUGCUCAUUGUCCUGGCCAUCCUCUCAGACCCACACCUCCACACACCCAUGUACUUAUUCCUCGCCAACCUGUCCAUGGUGGACAUUUGCUUCACUUCCACCACUGUCCCCAAGAUGCUGGUGAACAUCCAAACACAGAGCAGAGUCAUAAGCUAUGCAGCCUGCAUCACACAAAUGUUCUUCUUCCUAUUAUUUGUAGCGCUGGACAACUUUCUGCUGGCCACGAUGGGCUAUGACCGGUUUGUGGCCAUCUGUCAUCCUCUACACUAUACAGUCAUCAUGACCCCCCAGCUCUGUGUGCAGCUGGUUCUGGGGUGCUGGACCAUCAGUGUCCUGUAUGCCUUGUUAAACAUCUUACUGGUGCCGAGGCUGAGCUUCUGUACACACGUGGAUAUCCCCCACUUCUUCUGUGAGAUAAAUCAGGUGGUCCACAGAGCCUGUUCUGACACCUUUCUCAAUGACCUCAUGGUGUAUUUUUCUGCUGUGUUGCUGGGAGGAGGUCCCCUGGCUGGGAUCCUGUACUCUUACUCCAAGAUUGUCUCCUCCAUCCGUGCCAUCUCAUCAGCUCAGGGCAAGUAUAAAGCCUUUUCAACCUGUGCCUCUCACCUUUCUGUUGUUUCAUUGUUUUAUGGAACAGGACUGGGUGUAUACCUCAGCUCAACUGCUGUACACAACUCACACUCACCUGCAGCAGCCUCAGUGAUGUACACAGUGGUCACCCCCAUGUUGAACCCCUUUAUCUACAGUCUCAGGAAUAAUGAUAUCCAGAGGGCAGUGAAAAUACAUCUGAGGAAAAUCUUCUGA